CAGAGCUGGAGGUCUCAGUGACCAGUGUAACUACCCUCUACCUGGAUCGGAAUCCAAGACUAUUAACUUUAUAGCGGCUGCGUUUAAAUAACGUCGCGGACAGACCGGACGACUGGAACUCUGGAACUAUUACAGUGCAGAUUUUAGGCUGCUGUAGUCGAGACGGUGAGAAGAAAUAUGUAGUCUUGCUGCUUUCAUGCUCAAGAGGACCUCGGACACAAGCGAAGUGGAGUGGAACACUGUAGCGGGCUGACGGAAGUGUAUGGUGCACCUCGACACUGCAUCUGGAAGCAGAAUGCGCAAGAGAGCCCACUCCGCAGCGCUGACCAUCACAGAGGUAUGACCUCACCCAGAUGAGAGCCAUGGAGCUGAAAGUGUGGGUGGAUGGAGUCCAGCGCAUCGUCUGUGGGGUCACGGAGGUCACCACGUGUCAGGAGGUGGUGAUCGCACUGGCCCAGGCCAUAGGACGCACGGGGAGGUACACGCUGAUCGAGAAAUGGCGGGAGACGGAGCGGCACCUGGCUCCGCAUGAGAACCCGGUGGUGUCGCUCAACAAGUGGGGCCAGUACGCCAGCGACGUGCAGCUGGUGCUGCAGCGCACGGGUCCGUCGCUGAGCGAGCGGCCCACCUCGGACGGCACGGCGGGCCACCCGCGCGGGCCCGAGCGCGGCCUCUACCGCCAGAGCCUGCCGCCGCUGGCCAAGCUGCGGCCCUCGGCCGCCGACCGCUCGCUCAAGCGCCGCGAGCCCAAGCGCAAGUCGCUCACCUUCACCGGCGGCACCAAGGGCCUGCGGGACAUCUUCGCCGGGAAGGGCCGGCAGGAGCCGCACCACCCCCACCUCCACCACCCCCACCUGCACCACCGGGCCGCCACGCCCAUCGCCCACGCCUACUCGGCCGCCGCCGCUAGCGCCACCAGCGCCGCGGUCAGCCAGGCCCGCAACGGAGCCCUCACGCCGGUCCCCGCCGGACCCGCGCCGGACCUGGGCCGCCUCGUCCAGCUGCAGAAGGAGAAGCUGCGCUCGCUGGAGAGCCGCCUGCAGAGCUGCGAGGCCGAGAUGCAGGCCUGGCUGGACGGCGCCGAGCCCGGCGGAGGAGGAGGAAUCGGCGGAGGAGGAAUCGGCGGCCGGCUGAAGGAGGUGGACGAGGAGGAGGAGAACGGGGAGGCGCGCGAGGAGAACGAGAACGAGGAGGAGCUCCUGCGCCUGGAGCAGCAGCUGCGGCGCAACGAGGCGGAGAUGCAGGAGGAGGAGUUCUGGGAGAACGAGCUGCAGAUCGAGCGCGAGAGCGAGCGGCAGCUGCGCGAGCAGCUGCAGGAGCUGCGGGCGCGCGUGCAGGAGUGCGAGGCGCGCCUGGCCGACUACCUGGGCCGCAUCCGGGCCAUGGAGGCCGGCCUGGAGGCCGAGGAGCGCCUGCGGCAGGAGCUGCAGGAGACGCGGCUGCAGGAGGUGGAGGAGGAGGUGCACGCGCGGCUGGACACGGUGCGCUCCGAGCUGGAGCUGCAGGCGCAGCACGCCGCGCGACUGGACAGCAGCUGCCGCGCCGUCGACCGCUCGCUCGGACAGUCCAGCAAGAGGCUGCAGGAGAAGGAGCAGGAGCUGGAGCAGUUGACCAAGGAGCUCCGCCAGGUCAACCUCCAGCAGUUCAUCCAGCAGACGGGCACCAAAGUCACCGUGCUGCCCGCCGAGCCCACCGACGAGGAGCCUGGCACAGACGGCGCUGACCCGGGCACGCUGAAGCGCCUGGGCUCCGGACGCCAGCUCCCCAACGACCUCCGCGCCCUGCAGAGCCCGCACUCCUCCAGCUUCAACCCCGAGGGGAUCUACGUCUGA